UUGAAAAGUUUAAAGAUGCUGAACACAGACACAAACAAGAACUCUGGUAUUGAAAACCAGUUUCUGGCACUUAAAGCCGAAAACACCAGUAAACAUCUGGAAAUUCAAGAGCUGAAGUGCAAAAUGAGAAGUCUCGAGAAAAUCAUCUGCUUAAUGAAGAAAAAACUCAAGAACGAGUUGAACAAAGAGACAAAGAGUUCCUUCACUCAAACUGACAAUAAGCAGAAAGCUGACAAAGGAAAUCAAACCCAGACAAACCCGAGAGCAAAAAGAGCCGCAUCAGACACGUCACAACCCACGACUGCUAAAAGACCUCGAAUUGAUGCUGCACAGCACAAACACAACAAAACACAAUCCCUCAUCGCUUGUGCAUUGGAAACUCUUCAUGAUGCCAGUUAUGAUUUAUUAUCUACUAACUGGGUUUCUGCACUACUUAAAGGCAGUUGUAAACUUCCUGGUCUGACAGAUGAGGAAAAAUCGGUCACAUCUGUGUUUUGUGUAAACAAGUGCCUAACAGAGACGUUUCUGACAGUCAUUUUGGACAAGAUCAAGGCAGAGAAAAAGUCACAUAACGUCCUGCAGUUUCUCUGUAGGGUUUAUGUAGCCUUAUGUCAGCAGAGAGGAGACUCUCAUAAAGUGCACACCCUCGCCUACAGACUUCUUAAAGAAGACUUUCCUGAAGCCCCUAAAUUAAUAAUGGUCAUGGUGACAGCAUGGCCAUGUGUUUUUUCCUAUGAUGCCCCUUUAUGCAGAGCCAUACACAUCGUGACCAAAAUGAAAGCGGGCGGAGAUAUUUUAUGCUUGCUCAGCAAAUAUCUGCACUGGGAUAGGUUUGCGUUACAAGUCACUAUUUAAGGAUAUUAUUCUUUGUAUUAGUGUGAGUAAAUGCUGAUGACCAUUUGCAAAGAAUGCCUCAUUAUGUUCAUUAUUUACACCUGCUACUGUCUGAUACAU